CGUGAUUCAUAUUAUUAAAAUAAAAAAUAUAUAUUUAUUAUAACAAACACCACCAGCACCACUUGGCGGUAAGAUUGCGGUGUUGCCUUUUUAACUUCAUGGCUUGUUAAAUGUAGGAGGCUGUGACUCGAAUGGUUUCGAAAAUCGCACCCCAGUCCCAACAAUUAAUUUGAACGCACCCCAGUGGUUUGGAGCAGCAUGCUUCAGUCCUGUCCAUUGGUCCUGUCAGACACUUGUCAAAUUAGUGUCUGUUUAGUGCAUUGGUUUAGUGUUUAGCUUUUUUGUUUGGUUAGUGAGUGGUUAUGUUUUGAACGCAUAGACUGCUAGACUCAGAAUUUUAUUAUUGUUAUUAUUAUUUAAGUAUUUAAACAUAAAUAAAAAACACUGUUGAAAUCGUUUUAACCUUUAAGUUGACGUCAGUUGAUAGUGUAAAAUGUAACGCAGUGCCCCGAAUAAAAAUCCAAUAUGAGUGAUCCCACUUUGAUAAUAAAUUUGGCAUUAGAUAAUGAAAAAGUCAAGACAGUACCUUAUAAUGCUUCUACAACAGCCGAAGAUGUGUGUAUUAUUAUUUGCAAACAUCUUAACAUUGGUACAUUGGCCAGGCAUCUUUUUGCAUUACGAGUCACUGGAAAAGCGACUUAUCUCAUGCCCAAUGCUUCAUUUAGAGACAAAAAUGCUAAUUUAGAUUUCAGGAUAAGAUUCAAAGUAGCUCAUGUGUCAAAACUGAAAAAGUUUGAUAUCAAUGCUUACAAUUAUUAUUUCCAACAAGCGCGUAAUGAUGUUUUGGAAAACAAAAUACCUGAUUUGGUUUAUGAAAAAUAUCGUAGAGAACUUUUAGGCCUCGGCAUAACUGAUAUGUAUAGGGUUAUGUUGGAAAAGGGCAUUUCUAGAGAAGUAGUUGAAAGCGAGUACAAAAAAUAUGUUCCUAAAGAUGUGCUAAAGAAGCAUGCAUUUUUCAUUAAAAAACCUAUACACGAUCAUUUGGUACAAUUAGAAAAACACUCUCGGCUGGAUGCUAGUUUUGUCAAAGCACAAUACAUCAACCAACUGGAUUUAAUUGCUCCAGAAUACCUAUCGGAAACUUACAAAGCCAUGACUGAUUUAGAUGGAACCCUUGCCACAAUUGUAAUCAAAAUAUCACCACCACACAUCAAAGAUCCAGGCAUCAGAUAUUGUUUAGAAGCAAAAAAAGAUCAAUGGACUUUAAUGUGUACUAUAGAAGAGCUUGGUUUCAUUUCAAUAAGAAACGAUGGGGCGAUUGAAAUAAGCAGAUUAAAUGGGAUUCCUAUAAACCUCAAAUUCCAUUCAAUAUCUGUUAUGUGGUCUUUUAUCACUUUAUUGGAUGGUUAUUACAGAUUAACUUGUAAAUGGACUUUUAAUUUAUGCCAUGAUCUUGAAACGCCUUCGCUGAGGAAGUUGCAUCUUAUGAAAUGUCACGGACCUGUUGGUGGAGAAUUCUCUUAUGCCAAGUUAGAAGCGAAAACUUCAAACAAAUUCGGCUGUUUCAUUAUUCGUGAAAGCGAAACCAGCUACAACACAUAUUACAUUGAUAUAUGCGUAAGGGACAGUUCGAAACCUAAAACUUUUAAACUAGAACGAAUUAAGGAUGACGAAUUUAUAUUUCACGAUGAUGUUACAAGAUAUAAGAGCAUCCAGCAGCUUAUACAAUCAUACAAUGAUCCUGAAGCAAAUAUUUAUCUCAAAGAAUGCCUGCCACCUUCAGAAUAUGAUGUUUCUCCACUUCUCUUAUGUCGCAGUGAUAGUUUAAAAGGCGACGCCCUCACUGACAGUUCUUCCUUGCACCAAUUAAUCCCUGAUGGUCCUGUUUGUAUCAAUUACAAAGAUUUACAAGUUUAUAAAGGGGAUAUUGCUAAAACCGAGUCAAACGUUCGGUGUCAGACUUGGACGAGUAAUAAUCCUCACAAAGUUGAUGACAGUUUAAUCGAUGAAAAGUUUCCCUUUUCGUCUAAAAAAGCUUCGAAGAAUUAUUGUAGAAAUCCCGAUAAAAAAUCCACAGGUCUUUGGUGUUACACAAUGAAUCCAGAUUUGAUGGACGAAACUUGUUCUGUUCCGUUAUGUUCGUUUUCAGAAUGUAGACUCACUGGGCCUGGAAUGGAGUAUGGAGGUUCAUUGGAUAAGGCUGUAUCAGAUAGAAGAUGUCUAAAAUGGGACAAAGAAAGAAAAAGAGUAUUGGUAAACGGAAAUUACACAAGAAUCGAAAAAUUUCCCCAUACAAAUUUUCCAGAUACUAGUAGGUCAAAAGCUAAAAAAUAUUGUAGAAACCCUGAUGGAGAUAUAGGCGGUCCCUGGUGCUUUGUUGAAAACGAAGAAUCUGGCUACAUGGAAAAGGAAUACUGUGAUAUCCCGUUCUGUUAUGAUCCAGAAUGUUCCGUUUUUACUAAAAACUAUGAUACUUAUAUGCAUUAUACAGAUUUUAAUGAUGAUUUUGAUAGUGCCAGUGCUCGUUUGGUAUUAAGUGUUUUAGCCUUACCACUAACUGGUAAAGAAAUUAGUGAUUUGGGUAUAGGCAUCGAGAUUUUUAUUUCCAAUACACAGUCAGCUCUAAGAUUUGGUAACAAGGACAGGCCAGAAUACGAACCCACUCCAGGAAUCCUAACUUCAACUAACUAUACAACAUUUACCCUAAACUGGGACCGAGGUUUUAUAACGUUUGGUGUCGAAGGACAAGUGAAACCGAUCUUCUUAGCAGAAAUGAAAACCAAGAAUACUUUAAUGGGUUUUCAAAAAGACAAAUUUGAUUUUUACGCCGUGCAGGGUACCAAUGUCUUGUGGAACUUUCCGUUUUGUUUAGACGAUUAUGAGUGUGACGUUCAGACCACCACUGGUGGUCAAUUUCAGCAAUUUUGGCCUAUGAGACAGAAAGAUAUUGUUUUUGAUUUGCACACCCACAUCCGAGCUUUCCAUUCAGCUUCGAUUCUAUUCACCCCUUCCCCGACAAUUGACUAUCCAUACUUUAAAAUUGUCUUUUUUGGACCGAAUAAUUACACAAGAUUCACUAUUAAAGAAUAUCCAGAAGCUGCUGAGCAAGUUUUGAAAGAGUUCCAAGUGGAAAAUAUUGUGGAUUAUUGGCAGUGGCGUGAAUUUUCUAUAUCGUUCUUUGCAAAUAGUUUACAAAUUUACAUGAAAAAGGCCACUGGAAUGCACUCCCUAUUAGAAUCCACUAAUGAAAUAUUCAGAGUUUUACGUUGGUUUAGCGUCAGUUCUGACAACACUGUAGCCCAUUGGACUUUUUUCUGUCCACCACCCCGUUUCGCUCAACCCCCCAUAGCCCUGCUGCCAAAUUGUGCAAUUAACGUUAAAGAACCAAACUAUAAUGGCACUCAAGAUAUAACUAGGAGAGGUUUGCCAUGUUUGCCUUGGUCCGGCCAAAAAAUGAUCCCCGAUGACGUUAGCGGGCUCUUUACAAAUCCGUCUUUGGCUUUGGAGUCCAGAAACUAUUGUAGGGAUCCUCAAUCAGCAGGCGAAGGGACUUUUUGUUAUACUUUGGAUCAGUCUACUACUAAGAAGGAAGUUAAAAGGAAGUUUUGUCAUGUGAGGAACUGCAAAUCUGACCAAUGUAAAAUGGCUGGUACUGGCAAUGAUUUUAUUGGACAAGUAGAAGUAACUAGAUCUGGUCGGAAAUGUGAUGCAUGGGAUGUUCAUCCAGGAACAGUCCAUGAAAAAUACAUGUACUCUUUCAAUGAUUCAAGUUUUGCCGAUAUGAAAUCGAAAGAUGCCAAAAAUUUUUGUCGAAACCCUAGCAGAGAUAUUUCAGGUAGUUGGUGUUAUACUCUAGACCCCGACAUAGUCCAAGACGUAUGUAACGUUAAAGAUUGUGAUAGGCCGGAAGAAUUUAUAAUAAUUACUUCAACGAACCAGAAUGGAAGAAAAUUGUAUAUUCUGCCUCAAUGGAAAGAGGAAGGUAUUCAUGGUGGCUUGAGGUUUUCUUUAAAAGAAUGGAAUCCCGAUUUGUUGUCUGGUAUAAUUUUCAGUUUUUAUCCAAGGGAUUUGUCCAGUGAAUUGGCGCUGACUAUUGGAGCUGAAAUGAAUGAAAAAGUAGAAUUACGGCUAGAUGGUAAACUUAUCGAGUCUAAAACAUAUCCACAUUUAGUAACAGCUGGUUUAUGGAAUGAUUUUUGGUUACAGAUUAGAAAAGGUGAAAUUAUGUUUGGUUUCAAAGGAGUUCCUACGUCUUUAUUCGAAUGGAAACAACCCGAUAUUGAGAACGCUUUCGAACCCAUGUUUCUUGCUUAUUAUUCUAUGUUCAAUUUAAUGCCCAUUGGAGUUUUUUUCGAGAACAAAGAUGAAUGCCAUACAGAAAACACUACAGACAAUAAUUUCUUGAAGUUUUUUCCCAUUGGUCUCUACUCUGAAAGUGAAAACGUUGUUCACACUAAUUUGUCUUUAAAAAUGCGUGGCUAUGGCCAAACUUGGAUAUCUUUAUUGUGGGUGGUCAAUAGUCUAGAGGCCUAUCAGAUCCUUAUAGAUACUGUCAAAGGUAUGCUUGGAUUUUAUAUAGUUGUAACCCCACCUAGAGGUAAAACAGGAGAAAUUUUUCUAGCAGUAGAAAAACAAGUAGCUAAUUUAUUGUACACCGAUAAAUGGACGCAUUAUUAUUUAACAUGGACUGAACGGAUUUUUGAUAUUAGAGUUACUUGGAGUGCGAAUUGUGAGCCACUUGACCUAGACGGUCCUCCAAUAGACGGAGGUUGGUCCCAGUGGUCUCCAUGGACUUGCACAGUUUCUUGCGGUGGAGGCGAAGGAUUUCGCACCAGAACAUGCUCUAAUCCACACCCGAAUAUAUUUGGAAGACUUUGCAAGGGAAAUCCCACUGCUACAGGUCGUUGUAAUGAUUUUCCUUGUGGCGACAUAAGUCCGGAAACCCUAGAAAAAAUUCGCAAAAACCUCCGGAAAGCAGCUUACAGCUACGUCAUAGAUGAAGAUAGCUCAGUUCUUUUAGUAAACGACAAUGUCAUAUUGGCUAUAGUCAACAAAGAAUCUCCAGAGGCUUAUUUUGAAUGGACUCUCAAUGGAGUGCUUAUCAAACCAAACGAAAGAGUCUUGUUUCAAGGCGACAGUGUUUUAAUAAAAUCCGCAAAACCCAGUGAUGCUGGAAUAUAUGUUUCAAUGGUUUAUCGAAUAAAUGGCCAACGAGUGAUUUUAAAACUCAUCACUUUGGCUGUGAGGGCGAAAACAUUUGACGUUGACACUAGAGCUACUUGGUCCUAUACUCUCCAAUGUCACUCGGUGAUUUUAGGCUACGUUUACGCUGACUUAAGCUUAAAACUACUUCAAAAUGAUAAAGUCUACUUGGAUCAUGGGUUGACGACUUUGGCAGCAGUAAAUUCGCAUAUAUUGGACCCUCUAAAUCGAUCAAAUACAGGCGAAUGGAAAUGCCUUGUCGAACAAAAAGACUUGAAAUUGAAAUGGAUAACGAAUUUAGUGAAGAUUAAUGUGAAAAAAAGGCCAAAUCUGUUUACUCAUUUGAUGGAAGAUAAAUUAACUGCCCCAUUGUUUAAGUACUUUAAAAAUGAAAAAACUAUCGGGUGGGCGUUGCUUUUUAUAGUUCUUAGUAUUAUACUUAAUAAUUUGUUGCUAUUUUCCAUAGGUCAAAGAAAAGAAGGCUUUAGAAAAAUCACGCAUGUCUACAGGGGCAUGUGGAAAGUCACCCGAGGCAAAAAGAUUGAAAUUGCCCUGAAAUUUUUGAAGCAAGAAUCACAGGAAAGGCACAUAAAGGAUUAUCUGAAUUUGGUUGGUCAAUGGGCAUUCCUAAAAUCCUCAUCAAUAGUCCGACUUUUUGGUAUAGCUUUUUCAGUCAACGAUAUAUCACUAGUGAUGGAAUAUUUCAAGCUAGGCCCUUUAGAUCAAUAUUUGAGAAACAACAAAGGAAUCAUCAAAACUGUGGAUUUAAUUGAAGUAACUUGUAAUUUGGCCUCGGCCCUUUGGCAUUUGAAAGAAAACGAUAUUGUUCACGGUAAAAUCCGUUGUAGGAAACUAAUGGUAAAUAGCCACGAAGAAAACGCCUUUACAGUGAAAUUAGCUGAUCCAGGCAUACACACCAACUACGACCCAGGCGAGGUACACUGGAUUCCAGUUGAAUGCUACACAAACCUGGACAAACGAUCUACUGCAGCCGAUGUAUGGGCCAUGGCUACCACUUUAUAUGAAAUAUUCACUUACGGCAAAGAAAUGCCAGAGAUUGAUCAUAUGCAAACGAUACGGUGGUAUUUGACUGGUAAAAGACUCCCACAACCGCCAGGUUGUCCUGACGAAAUUUACACUCUGAUGACUGAAUGUUGGAACGCUGAUCCGCACAGAAGGAAACAGCCUCAAGAAAUUAGCAGAGAUGUGAACCAGUUGCUGUAUCAAGUUUAUAAUUCCAGGAAAAAGCAUCCUUAUGAUACUGUAGGAAAAUCUUCCAUUACUGUCUCUUCCAGUCAAAGCUUGAAUUCGAACAUGACAGAUGCCACAGAUGUUUUUGAGCUAAUCUCAGCCAGCGACCCAGAAAUUAGCUCGACUCGUUCAGCUAGCAGCUUAUCGGAUAGCGGCUCUCAGCAAUGGCUCCUACAAUCUCAAAAUUUAGUUAAUUUUGAUCCAGAUCUUGGAGAUUCCAGAGAUUUCUCCAUGAUGUUCUCAAAUCUGACAUUUUCAACGGCCACAACGUCACUGGACAGUCUAAAUUCGUUGCAAAGCAUUUUCGAGCUGGACGAUAAUUGUCACGUGGUUUUAAAUGGUCGUAUAGGCCAAGGAUUUUAUGGUGACGUGUUCCGUGGCAUGUUGCAAGAUUUGAGUAAUGACACAUGUGAACCAAUAACUGUGGCUGUGAAAAAAUUGAAAUCGUUUGCUGUUAGUACUUGCGUGCAGGAUUUCGAACGGGAAAUAUCCAUAAUGAAGAAACUGAAACAUUCGAAUAUAGUGGAAAUUCUUGGGGUAUUAAGAGAACCGGAUCUUUUGUUGGUUAUGGAAUAUGUGCCUCACGGGUCUCUGCAAAGCUAUUUGAAAAUAAAUAAGGAAAAAAUGAAGACCAAACAGUUGUUGAAGUAUGCCGCUGAUAUCACAAUGGGCAUGGAUUAUUUGGGAACACGGAAUGUGGUACACAGAGAUUUGGCAGCUAGAAAUAUUCUGGUUCUAGACGAGAACCACGUGAAAAUCUCCGAUUUUGGUUUGGCUCAAUUCAUGGGCACCAAUGAUUAUUACAUCCUUAAAAGUCCCCACAGGGAAUUGCCGAUUAAAUGGUAUGCUCCUGAAAGUUUAGCCGAAGGAAAAUUCUCAGUAAAAUCUGACGUAUGGUCCUACGGAGUCACUCUCUUUGAAAUGUUCAACUUUGGAGAAGAUCCUCCAACUUUAGGUAACAUUGACAAAAUGCCGGAAGGACAGGAACAGCAAGUUUUAUUAAGUGCAAUACAGAGUGGUGCCAGGUUUCCGUGUCCCGAACACUGUCCUCAAUCGAUCUAUGUCAGCUUGAUGAGGCCUUGUUGGGAGGCCGAUCCUCACGAGAGACCCACAUUUAAACAGCUGACGCAGCAAAUUGAAAACUUGAUUGGGAGAUAUUAAGUUGGUAAGACUGUGAAAUUUAUAAUGUGAUUUGCCAUUUUUGUUUUUUAUGAUUAAAUAUGAUCUCUAUGAUUUUAUAAUAGAGUGCAAUUUGUGUCGAAACACAAUUUAUGUAAUAUUUGACAAUUUUUUUUGUAUGAAUUAUAUAAAUAAGAAUAUUUUAUGCCUUACGAUGAGGCCUAAAGAUUGGUUUAUUUUUUGAACUGCGUUAGCGUUUCUUUUUAUAAAAGUCAAAUGUAGCAGUUCAGGAGUAAGCUUUUAUUAAGAAAUUAUUUUUUAAGAUUAAAAAGUACCUGGUUAAUGCAAAUGAUUGAGUGGGGAACUCUUGUCCAAUCACUGUGUAUUCUAAAAGUGAGUAUAAGCUGAUUUACUUGUUCAGUUUAUUCAUAAUUUACGAAUCAGCAUAAUUUACAUAAUUUCAGAAUUCAAAAAUUGUAUCAAAAAGACAUUUGAAUUGAAAGCAAAAUACUUAUGCCUUAGAUGAAGUAUUUUCAGAACACCCUGCUGUUAGUCGCAUCUUUUGAUGUCUUUCUUAUAGUCGUCCCAUAGUUUUUAUUAUAUUAAUUGACCUAUGUCAGAAAUUUGGUUUAUUAUCAGAUUUGGGGAAACAGCAGGCUGGCUCUCGGUCUAUUGAUAAUUUGUUUACUUUAUUAUUUAUUUAAACUACAGAAAAAUUCAUUUACCCCUUCAGAUGUAUCACGUCAAUGUUGAUAGGAUGGCAACCCCUUAAGUUUUUCUAGAACAAUUUUGACUGAAUUUUAUGCCAAAUUAUGUUACAAAAACCCAAUAUUUCCUCACUGAAUCGCUGUUGGUAACUCCUGUCAUAUAAGAGGUGAUUUUGGUCUAAUUGUAUCUAAUUUUAAGGAAAUUUUAUUGCUCGAAAUAUUUUAUACGAAAACGAGAUUUUUUUGAUACAUAUUGAAUGUGCCUGUUUCAAAGGUUAAACACAAAAAUUGCCAUUAUUGUAAAAUUAUUAAUUUCCAUGCAUUUAAUUAAAUGUUGCUCAUUUUUCCCAAUUAAACAUUUAUGUGCCAUUUUUGUAUACACUGGUGUCAGAUUGUAUAUUUUAAACUACUAAUUAUUAAUAAAAUUGGAAACUAUCAUACAAAAAAUAAACAAUUUAAACAAAAAAACCUGUAUUUA